AUGAUUCUCUGUGUGUUCUCCACCUUCCUCGCCCUGGGCUUGGCGCUGACGACGCAGCUGGACACGCAGCAGCAGCAGAAGAGCGAGCUGCACACGACGAGGACAGGGGGCGUAAUCUUCAGCGGCAAAAUCACGACCGUCUUCAGCGCAGAUCUUCGCCUGGCCGAGAGGCUCACCGCGGCCGUGCUGGUGGAGCAGGUGGAACGUUCGGCGCUGAUUUUGAGUCCACCCGCUGUUGGCAGCGUGGCCGAGGUCGUCUUUGGACGGCGCGUCGUCCCUCUGAGGCUGCGCGACAAGCUGCUCCACAGUCGCGUGCGGCUGCAGGCUGCUGCGUCAAACUCGACAUCGCAUCGCUGCACGAGGAUAGAGCUCCUGGGCCAGGCAGCCGCAGGGGAUGCAGCAGACAUCGAGCCUUCAGAACCCCUUGUGCUCGUCGAGCUCACCAGAAACGUCUCCUCCUCCAAGCACCCUUGGCUCGAGCAAGACUACCCGGCCGGCACCCGCUUCCGACCCUUCACCGGGCCGACAUACGGCGUGAUCAGCGAGAGCGGCAUCGCGGUCCAAGACCUGCUCGACUGCGAGGCGCCCUUCUACGAGAUGCCCGCGAGCGCGACUCGCGUCGUGUGGUCGGCUGCCUCGGAACAGCUGGUUCGACGGUGCGCCGUGCCCGAGCUGCUCGACCCAGUCGAAGUCGUUCUUGUCCCUCACCCUCGCCCUCCGCCCUCGCCCUCGCCACCAACCGGCGUCCGGCCCGGUCCCCCUCCCACCAUCAUGUUUCUCAUCCUUUUCUUCCUUUUCGUCCUCAUCAUCGCGAGUCACGACGGCAUCUUCAACUGCAUCGCGCUCUGCCCCAUCGCCUAG